CUUCUUCGAAGAUUUUUUUGCUUGUUUUCCACUUCGCUUCCCCGUCCUGAGCCCUUAAUCCUGACACAGAGCCAGCGGGGCGUGGCUACUGCUUUGACAGACCACGCCCUUCCUCGCUUUACUUGUCUUCCCUCCGCCCGAGUCCAAGGCUCCGAUUGGCCAGUCGUCUUCAUGACCGUUACGGCUCGCGCCGCUGCUACGCGUGCGCGAGUUCCGUCUCCCUCCUUGCGAAGAAGGCGGGCACUCCUUCACUUUCAUGCCGCCGAUUGGCUGCCUCCGGAAGGUUCUCUGUCCUGAUUGGCCAAGCGGAGAGCUACGAGUGGGCGCCCCCCACAUUUCCAGUCAGGUGCGCAGCUCCCGUGGACUCGGCUGACAGAGGCAGCCGGAGGCGGCCGCAGGAGCGGCCUCCCUCCUCCUGCUCCCCACGGUCCUCCCGGGAAGAUGGGGCGGACCGGGCCCCGGCGUUGACGGACGGACGACGAGCGGAAGGGCGGGGUUCUAGCGGAAGGGGCGGGGCGCAGGGUCAUCAUGCUUCUGCACAUGGGCUGCUGAAGCUUCUGCCUCUGCCUCGCAUCGUCAUGACCCCCGGCGACUGCUGCCAUCUCCCUGGCUCGCUGUGCGACUGCCCGGGCAGCACUGCCUUGACCAAGUCGGUGGAAGACUCAGACCUCGGGCGCCCCCAGUACAUCACCCAAGUCACGGCCAAGGAUGGACGGCUGCUCUCCACUGUCAUCAAGGCCCUGGGGACACAGAGCGAGGGCCCCAUUUGCCGGAUCUGCCACGAAGGUGGAAGUGGAGAGGGGCUGCUCUCACCCUGCGACUGCACCGGCACACUGGGGGCCGUCCACAAGACCUGUCUGGAGAGGUGGCUCUCCUCCUCCAACACGAGCUACUGCGAGCUCUGCCACACAGAGUUCGUUGUGGAGCGGCGACCCCGGCCCCUGAUAGAGUGGCUGAAGGACCCCGGGCCACGCAACGAGAAGCGGACCCUCUUCUGCGACAUGGUGUGCUUCCUCUUCAUCACCCCACUGGCCGCCAUCUCGGGCUGGCUGUGCCUCCGUGGGGCCCAGGACCACCUGCAGUUCAACAGCCGCCUGGAGGCCAUCGGACUGAUUGCCCUGACAAUCGCGCUGUUCACAAUCUACGUUCUCUGGACUCUGGUGUCAUUCCGCUACCAUUGCCAGUUGUACUCAGAGUGGCGAAGGACCAAUCAGAAAGUCCGCCUGAUGAUCCCGGACUCAAGGCACCCGCACCCCGUCUCCCACUCCCUGAUCUCCGCCAAGCUGCUCAAGAAGAAGGCCGAUGAGACGACAGUAUGAGCCAGGAGCGGCCCUCCGCAGGGAGGCUGUGUGGGGCGAGCACCAUCCUGCCCUCACCUGGCAGGAGAUCAGGACAGCACUUUCUUCUUCGGUGGGCGGAGACCCUCCCAGACCACCCGUGUGGCAGAGCGGAGGGCACAGGUGCUCGCAUGCCCCAUCCGGCCAGAGCGCAGAAGAGGCCGCCCAGCCUGGGCACAUGAAAACGAACCAGGGAGGCCGGGUGCCUGAAUGUGCCCCUCAGCUGGGCUCCAUCUUCCAGACAAAUGAUAGCAGGCGGGUGGGGGAAGGAACUUCUUCCCCAUAUCCAUAUGUCUUAUCUCCUGUUGUUAUAAUUAUUGUUGUAAUUUUAAUUUUGCUCCCCUUCUUAAUUUCUGCUUCUAAGUUCAGGUCCCUUAACGUUGCCACAAAAGAGGCAAAGCCAGUUGGCUCGCUGCCAUGGCAGUGGCAUGUGGCCAUCGCACCAUGUUCCCUCCAUGUUGUGGAGCAUGUGCUGUGAAGAUGCCCCGCCCCCACGUGGCUUUGGGAGUCUGCGAGUGCUUCCCACUGUUGGCACUGGCCGUGGCUGGUGAGGGAAGCCGAGGAUGGGGCACUGCUGCUGCAACACCCUCCCUGGAACGGAUGGGCCGCUUGAGAAAGAGCUGAAUCCUGCAGCAGCUCUUCUGGCGCAUGAGAAGCAUCCAUCUGUCGUCAGCACCUGGGAUGCGUUGGUACUCCCAACAAAGAACUGGAAGGGGUAGGGGAGGUUGCCCCCCUUUUGCACCCCCUCCCAGGGUCUCCCUGUACCCCCUCCCAUUUUUUGCACUACAUAGGUUGCGGGGGGAGGGCUGGGAGGAGUCUGGCUCCACUUUUUGUUCCCCAUUCUUUUUUUCAGUGAUGUUGCUCUCCCAGCAUUAGAGGAUUCUGUGCAUUUGAGAAUGGAUUUAAUAUACUCAUCAUCCCAGGAAGAGUAAAAAAAAAAAAAAAAAGCUUAUGUUGAA